UCUCAUAAGGAGCACUGACUAUAAGUGUCCAUAAAAAUUAGAUGCACUAGAAAUUUUUUAACGAAAUUAAGUACUUCAUCAUAUAGUACGUGCCUGUCAAUACCUGUUUGUAAAUUUAAUCAAGUCAUAAUGCUGUGAAACAAAAAUACAUUUGGUCAAAUUUGUAUUUCACUCGGUUUAGGCGUCAUUUCAGCUUGUGUGUGGCUUUACCGUGAGUAUUAUGGCAACGAUUGCGCGGUUCAGCCGUAAAGUGUUCUCUGGUAUCCAGCCCACUGGAGUUCCUCAUUUAGGAAACUAUUUUGGUGCUAUCACUCAAUGGACGGCAUUACAAGAAGAAGUAGAAACAAAGUGUCUUUAUUCAGUUGUGGAUCUGCAUUCGGUUACAGUACCUCAUUACGAUCCGAAAGCUUUACAAGAAAAAAUAGAAGUUACGACGGCUUCUUUGUUGGCUUGUGGAGUACGAUCCGACACAUUAUUCUUGCAAAGCAUGGUGCCCGAACACGGCCAGCUCUGCUGGCUGUUCAACUGCAUUUCGACAAUGAACAAAAUGUACCAUUUUCCACAAUUCAAAGAGAAAUCACAGGGAAUGCGAGAAACCCCCCUUGGUCUCUAUCUCUAUCCAAUACUUCAAUCGGCCGAUGUAUUAUUAUACAAAGGCACCCAUGUACCAGUUGGUCAAGAUCAACUGCCGCACAUACAUCUCAUUAAUGAUAUUGCCCACACGUUCAACAAACGCUUUGGAAAAAACAUAUUUCCUAAAUGCAAACCAAUCCUCGACACCAAGAGUUCUCGUCUACGAGAUUUGCGGUAUCCUGAUAAGAAAAUGUCGAAGAGCGCGGAUCCGAAAGGAAAGAUUGACUUAAACGAGUCACCCGACAACAUUCGUUCUAAAAUAAAAAAAUCAAUGACAGACUGCCAGUCGGAGAUAACCUUCGAGCCGGAAACGCGACCUGGUGUAUCUAACCUCGUCUUAAUUCAUUCUCUCUGUUCAGGCAAAUCGACGGCGGAAAUCGUUGCUUCAGCAAAGGGAAUCGACACCGGCCAGUAUAAAGAAGCUGUGGCCAUAGCUGUUAUAGAACGUCUAACUCCAAUACGAGCCCGUAUGAACGAAUUGCUACAAAAUCGAUCAUAUCUUUGGCAACUUCUUAAGACUAACUCUGAGGCUUUGCGCCCAGAAGCCCAAAGUACUUUAGAGGAAGCUCGUAUUGCAAUGGGAAUGAUGAGAAGUACAAGCUGAUAUUUUACAAACAAACCAUUUGUUUCUUAAUGGUUAUCUAUUUUACUUAAUGGUUAUUAAAACUUACCUGCUCGAAUCGAGUGUGUCAUGUAUGGGGAUAUGUAUAAAUAUUUGUAAAUAUAUAUAUAUAUAUAU